AUGGCAGCGCAUCAAGAUGCUUUCCAGGUCGACCACGAACGCAUAGCCCAGCUGGCACUCGCAACUUACCACAACGACCUUCCACCUCGAGGCGCCAAGCCAGGCACAAAGUCAAACCUCCGGCUCGAGUGGACCGUCCUCGCUGCCUUUGUCCUCUCGUUUCCCUCGCCGCACUCCAACCAACACGAAUAUGCGCUCAUAUCUCUAGCCACCGGUCUCAAGUGCCUUCCCUACACCUCUCUGCCGCCGAACGGCGAUGUGCUGCACGAUCAGCAUGCAGAGGUACUCGCCCGGAGGGGUGCGCGCCAGUGGUUGUUGCAGCGCCUCGUGCACGAAGUCAAGUCGGGCGUCGACGGCGGCGGCGCUCUAGCACUGUUCGAGCCCGCAGUGGGUGGGAGCGAGCCGAAAUGGAAGCUCAAUAAGGGCGUGAGGCUACAUCUGUACGUCUCGACCUUGCCAUGCGGAGACGCGUCCAGCAAGCUGUUGGAGUUUCAGCGUGCUGCCCAGGAUCAAGUUGCAGGAAAGAAAGAUGCGAUCACGCCAACAGAGCUUCUCGAACUACACAUUCAGGGCACAAAGUCUUCAGAUGGGACAUUGCCUGCUUUUGACGCUUCCGGUGACAGAAGUGUCGUUCGCGGUCGGGCAUCGUCUUCACAUCAAUACGCCACAAGCUCAGGCGCACUCCGCACGAAACCAGGACGUCCAGAUUCGCCCCCUUCCAUCUGCAUGUCGUGCAGCGACAAGCUCGCGCUCUGGAACGCACCCGGGAUCGGGAUACAAGGAAGCUUACUCUCGUCGCUCUUCCAACCAAUCUACAUCCACUCGAUCACGCUGUGCGAUCAUCCUACUCGACACAUCUUUCCGGCGUUUCCUCCGUCUAAAGAGCGAGCAGACAAGAACGGGGAGCAGAGGGAGGCGCUGAAGCGCUUGCUCGCGCAGGAGUGUCGCCGUGCGCUGUCCAGAGCUGCCCCGGGAAAGGAUUUGGUCGUAGGUUGGUCAACGACGCCGUUCGCUCACAGCAAAGAGGCUCAGGCGGAGAUGGUGUGGUCAGCGUUCCACCCCAAUCCUUCAGAGCGGCUUGAAGCUGAAGCGCAGGCUCGGUUCAAGGACUGCGAACCAGUCACAUGUCCCAAUUCGAUCGUAUACGUCGCGGAUUCCACCAUGGCCGGCACAAGGGGCAAGAUCGAAAACUUAGCAACAGGCACAAAGUUGGGCGCACCGACGAAGCGGCCUAAGGAUCCGCAGUUGCAGCGCAGCCUACCGCUGAAACCGCCAGCUAGAUCCUCGUUGUGUCGGCUCAACUUGUUCCAGUCAUUUGUCACCGCCCAUGCUUCUAUCACGGGCAUACAAGCGGCAAAAGCAACGCCUCUGCUGUACAGCGAUGCAAAGCAGGGUUCAUUCGGAGAUGGCACGAAGGCGUACAGGAGGACCAAGGCCGAGUUGCUCGGUGGAAAGGAGGAGGCGGCACAGCGCGUGCAAAAGUUCCUGGCAGGCGCCAGAGAUGGCACUGCGAUUCAGGCUGCCGUGCUGCCGGAUCGAGUGAAACGGCUGACGACACGGAAGAUGCCGCCAUGA